AUUAAAACAGUGUUACGCGACCAAUAUAACGGGCUGCAUUAGCCGCGAUGGUGAAAUGUUAUCAAUAAUCAUCACUUGCCACUCGGUCUUAUACUAUGGUCGGCGCAACAACAGUUUUCGAUAUUAUCACAGGACACAGGGCGUUUCUACUCGAACUAAGCACAGUGGGCACCCACAUUAGAUACAGCCGCGAGUCGUCUCCGUAAAUAGUGAAUACGAGUAUUUCAGAGUAGUAUGAUUAAAUUAUAAACAAUAUCGUGAUUGCUGGCCAAUGAUCCUAAAUCAAUAUAAUAGUAUAACAUUGAACUCGAUAUAACCGGCCUGUUUUUACAAUAAUUGUUUAACGAUACAUGCGAUUAAUCGGCCGAUUGUUUGGUAUUGUGAUUUGCCAUUUACAUUGUAAUCGCAUUAGUUGUGCAACGAUUGGCGGAAGGCGAGUCUAUCAUCGUUGGGGCUUAAAGAGAUAAAAUUGAUGUUCAGUUAUAAUAUUGUCGUAAUAAAUUAACAUUUAACAGUAUGAGAGUGGCUAUAAUCGGAGCAGGGGUUGCUGGUUUGGCUUCAGCUAGAAGAUGUUUGGAAAAUGAUUUUGAACCCGUAGUUUAUGAAAGGUCGAAAGGAGUGGGUGGAACUUGGGUGUACGAUGAACGAACCGGACUCGAUGAAUUUGGGUUGCCAAUUCACACAAGCAUGUAUAAAAAUCUAAUGACAAAUUUACCAAAAGAAUUAAUGGAUUUUCCAAACUUUCCUUAUAAGGGUUUAGACAAUGUGUCAUUUUUGAAAUCUUGGCAAGUGCAAGAAUAUAUUGAACAAUUUACUGAACAUUUCGGACUUUAUAAGCAUAUUCGAUUUUGUAGUUUGGUGACUUCAGUUGAAAAAUUAACGAACAACUGGCAGGUGACAGUAGAAGACUUGAAAACAAAAACAUCGCAGACUGAAUACUAUGAUUCAGUAAUGGUGUGUAAUGGACAUAACGCAUUGCCUUUAACCCCAGAUAUUCCUGGGAAUAAUGAUUUUGACGGCAUUCAGAUACACAGUCAUGAUUAUAGGAUACCUGAACAUUUUAUAAACUUGAAUGUUCUCAUAAUUGGCAGUGGUGCUUCUGGCGUUGAUAUUUGCUCGGAUGUAUCGAAAGUUGCAAAUCAGGUUUAUUUUAGUCAUCAUAAGCCUCAAUUAAUCGAGAAAGAAUUUCCAAAAAAUGUUAUACAUAAACCAGACGUUGAGCUAUUUUCUAAGAAAUCUGUUUAUUUUAAGGACAAAACUAAGCAGACUUUGGAUGCUGUCAUUUACUGCACAGGAUACAAAAUUACAUUACCAUUUUUGAAACCUAGCUGUGGAAUUAAUGUUUUGAAUAACAAAUUGAUCACUCCACUUCAUAAAAAUAUUAUCAAUAUGUAUAAUCCUACUAUGGGUUUCAUUGGAUAUUUGAAUAUGACUUUUAUAUUCCGGAUAUUUGACUUACAGGUUCGAUAUUAUUUAGAAUUUCUUCGUAAAAAUUGUUCAUCGAGUUUGGAUUGUAUGAUUAAGAUGAUGUCUCCGGUCAGUACACAUUUCUUAGGCAACAAUAUGUUAAAUUACUGCAAUUCGUUAAUAUUAGAUAAAAUUAAAGUCGAACCAAUUCCACCUGUCUAUUUUGAGAUAUACGACAGAUGUCAUCAACUUAAAGACAAAUAUUACAGAUCAUAUCGCUCAAUGGUCGUAAGGAUCGUCGACAAUGAUGAUUAUGUAAUUGAAUUGGAUGAAGAAAAUGCAAAAACUAAAUAA